AUGUCUCAUUCUGUAGAUCAGCCGACGCUCAUCACUCCGUGCCAGACCAGCUUCACCUGGAGCAGACUGAUCUCUCACCUCCAGUCAGAAGUGAAGGUGAAACGACGACGUCACUUCCUGAAAUCUCAUGACAAUUGCUUUGUGGGUUCUGAUGCUGUGACCGUGAUCCAAGAUUACAUCAACCAGAGCAAGGUUUUGGGGGACACCAAAGUGCCCAGAGCCAAAGCAGUGCGUGUGUGUCAGGCUUUACUAGACUGCAAGGUGUUUGAAGCAGUGUCAUGUAAAGCGUUUGGGAAGGAGAGCAAGCGGUCAGAGUUUCAGGACAGCAUCAGCAGCCUGUACCGGUUUCUAAACAGUCAGACCUCUGAGUGGAGCAGUGAAGAAAACACUCUUAUUUCUCCCAGCAAAGAGGGAAAUGCAGAUGCACAGCUAUACAGGGAUGAUGAUCCAAUGUUCUCCCACAGUACUCCAGUAAAACCAGGCCACAUUAUGAACAUCCUACUGGAGGAGCUUGACCUCAGCCUUAGCUAUCUGCAUACUGAAGGUUUACCACCAUCAGUGGUCAGUAAGGUGUGGCAGGAGCAGACAGUUCAGCGUUUGCUGCAGCUGAUCGAGCUUCCUCUGCUGGACGGAGUGUUGGAUUGUGGAGAGUGCCCCCUAUCAGCUGCCAACAAUAAUGAGCCUGACAUUGUCUACACCAGUAACUACCUGGACAGAGAAAUACUAAAGGCUUUUAAGGAGUCACAAACAGAUGAAUGGCUCUUGGCAGCAUUAGAGUUGAUGGACUUUCUGCCAGACCAGCAGGUGGUCGAGGUGAGCAGAGAGCUCCCCAGACUUUCACUGGAUGAUGGUGAGGGUGGUGAAGAGCAUGGGCAGUGGAGUCCCACAGGCAUCCAGCAAUGUAAAGCUUUACUGUUUGAAAUUCUGGCUAAACAUUAUGGACAGGCCAGUUUCCAGCCUCUUCUUCCUAGUGGACUGAGUGACGUCUACACACACAUUACUGAACUAUUGGUGAACGGGAAAUUUGACAUGGCUCUGGAGGUGUUGCAGCUAUGUCUGAAGUUGCUUUCUGUUGCUAAUAGAGAGGAGCUUUACAGGCUGCUGAGCUUCAUGUCACUGGCUGCAGACCCACAGCACAUCCAGCUUCAUAAGGAGCUUGAGAAUCGGAUUCACGUGAAGAAAACGUUUUGUAAGGCCAUAAUACAAAGCAAGAGCCUCUCGAAGGGUAAAGUGGACUUGCUGUUAAUCUUCAUGCUGGAUAACCAUGAGGACAUCUUCAAGGUCCCAGGCUCUUUGCACAAGCUGGUCAGUAACAAGCUGGACGAUGUUGUGAAAAAGAAGGACCUCAACAAACAGGGCUCUGCAUUCUGUCAGCAAAUUUCAAGCACUGUGUACAGCGACACUGUAAGAGAUCUGACGAAUACGGAGUUGUUUGUUCUGCUCAGGAGUAUUGAUGAAAACACAAAGUACUCCAUGAAGGAGAAGAGGAGACUGCUGGCACAGUUCUACAAAAGCCACCCGGGUGUUUUUGCUCAGUAUUUUGGGUCUAGACUCAGCACAAUCAGCUUGUCUGAAGUGUAA